AUGUUCAACCCCGGCAUCGCCUACAUGCUUGCUUGUGUCGUCCUCUUUGCCAUCGCAGUUGUCAUCCACUACCACACCAUUCACCUCUCCCUUCCCAUAUCGUCCGCCAUCACCAUCCUCAGUACCAUCCUCCCCAUCACUGCCUUCCUCAACGCCUACGUAUACCCCAACCUCCUCCGCUCCUCGCACACUUUCACAUCCGGCGAUAUCUUUACACGCCUCGCCCCCAUCGUCCUUCAGGGCUUCCAGGCAAUCAUAACCGCCAUCCUCGCCACCCUGCUCCUCGAAGGCGUCGUGCCGUCCCCCGCGCUCGAAUUCCUCAUCGACUACGAAUGGGAUAAGCUCUACCAAGCCAAGAAUGCAGACUACAUUGAGUUCAUACAGGAUACUUAUAGCUGCUGCGGCUUGAAUUCUGUAGAUGACAGGGCCUACCCGUUUUCCGACGCACCGGGCGGUACGUGUGCCGAGAUUCAUGGUCGAACGAGAGCGUGCAGGGGUCCGUGGAAGUUGGCGUUGCAGGCCGCAUCGGGUGUUGACUUUGGGGUUGUGGUUAUAGUAGGAUUGAUGCAGAUAAUUGGCCUCUUAAUCAUGAGAGAACGAACAGCCUGGUGGACCGCCCUCCGAACAGAAGACUGGAAACCAUUCAGCGAGACCGACGACGAAAGCUCCAGACGUCUAGCCACUGUCGCCGAAGAGUCUGAAGAAUCUUCCGAACAAGGCGAGGCCACCCAGCGAGGAUACGGCGCUAUUGAGACACCCACUACUGGUCCCUCUGCUUCACAUGAGGAGGCCCAACGCCCCAAUAAUGAAUGA